UAUCGUAUAUCAUAUAUGUGGAUGUUUCAGGUGAGUACGAGUCGUAUGCCCAGAAUGGCGAUCUCAACGAGAGUUGGGAGGAGGCAAGCGUUGCUGCAUCAGAGUCUUCAGAGACGGCAGCAGUGGAGAUUUUCUUCAAAGAGAGUCUUGUUUCGCGCGAUUCUCGUAAGCGUGGCCUUCAUCGCUUUUGUCCCUCCCAUUUUCUUCCUCUUCAGACUCAAACUCUUUCAUCAGAUGCAGUCGAGAAAGUGUGGUUGGCUAAAUGAGCCUCCUCUUGUAUGUGCGCACGGAGGUGACUCUAGUAAGGCCUUUCCUAACACGAUGGCUGCAUAUCGUUUUGCUCUUCACUCUCAAGUCGACUGCAUUGAGAUUGAUGUUUCUCGUUCUUUAGAUGGAGUUUUGCUUGCGCUCCAUGACAGGGAUUUGCAGAGGAUAACUGGAAACAAUACUUCUAAGGUUGGGUACUUAAGUAUGAAAGAGAUAAAAGAUCUUGGUUCCAUGGAUCAGUCUGGAAAGGUCCCUGAUAAAAAUAUUCUUACAAUUGAAGAGGCUUUGGAGUUAGUUUCAGGUUCAGUUCAGCAGGUGAUUCUAGAUGUAAAGGUCGGGCCUCCCUCAUUUGAAAAAGGGCUUGCUAAGGAUGUACUUUCUGUUGUUAAGAGGGUGCAGUGUAAGAACUGCCUUGUAUGGGCUAAAAGUGACAAUUUAGCAAGGGAUGUAAUCAGACUCUCAUCAGAUGUCACGGUCGGGUACAUUGUUAUGAUGGAUCCGUCGACCGGGGCCAGAAGCAACUUACUGAGGAUGACAGGUGCUGGUGUUGUUGGUGUGUACCACGCAUUGAUUGAUGAGAAGCUUGUGAGAAUUCUGCAUGGGAGAAAGAAGAAAGUGUAUGCGUGGACUGUCGAUGAUGUGGAUUCCAUGCAAGAAAUGUUGUCUGAGCACAUUGAUGCCGUCGUAACGAGCAACCCAACUGUACUUCAAGGUCUAAUGCAAGAUAUCAAAAGAGAGUGUCUGGAGCACGGUUUUUCCUUAUCAGAAUAGCACCCGUUUAUUUCAAGUAGCGGAACAUUUGGGCCAAAAACAAAAAGGGAAAUUGGUGUUGGACUGUUUUGAAAAUCUCAAGAUAUCACCUGUACGUCCGUCCCUAGAAAGUUGUUCAAUACGCCAAUGUAUUUCAUUGUCAUACAUUGUGGUUUGGAAUCGUUUUGUUUAGACAGGCAAAUAUGAUGAUUUCGUUUAAAUGUUUAAAUCUUGCCCUUCAUUUGAACAAUGCAUGGCAUAGAUUUAUACAAUGUACUACCUAAACUAAAAACAAUUUACCGUCUCCUUUUUUGAUGACUGAAUACGAUGCUCCUACAACUUACUCUUUGUAAUGCUAUGAAUUUUUGAAAAAUCAUUAGUGACACGUACGCAAAAUGAAAUGUGAGGAUUGAUGGGAGUCAAUCAAACGGCUGGCAAAUACUUAAGAAAGAAAUAAAAAAUGAAACCUCCACGCCUUCUUUC